CCUAUUUCGACAUACCAAGUUAAAGAUUUACACCAAUUUUCUACCUCAAGAAGAUUGUAGAUGAACAGUAGCAAAAUGGUCAAAAUCUGUUGCGUCAUAGGAUGUUCUACAAAGCAGGGUGACGGUAUAAUGCUACGAAGAUUUCCUCCCAUCGGUUUUCCCCAAUUUGAACAGUGGAAAAUUGCAACACGCAACCCUUCAAUACUGAACAAGGAUUACAAGUACAUUAAAAAAAAUAAAAGGGUAUGCAACCUCCAUUUUAAAGAAACCUACAGAGACAGAGUUACCUUUUUGAAACACGACAUACCAUUUUUAACGGAAAAUGUUAUGGAAAUGGAGAAUGAAGAAAGUAAUGUUGUUGCUGCUAGUUGCAGCAAUGUUGGUAAUAAUCUUAUUAAUUCGGAUCAAUACUACUGUGAGGCGAUGAGUAUUGUUAACCAAUUGGAUUCCCAUAUAGAAGAUGUGGAAGAGAAAGUGAGUGUUAAUUGGGAAGGACAGAAGGCAAUUACAAAAAAAAGUUAGCUAUUUAGAAAAAUUAAAUAAAAAAAAAAUAUAAAAAGCAAUGUAAAGAAUUACGACAAUGUAAAAAUUAAAUAUGAAUGAUCAAAAUUUAAAAAAAAAACAAAUUUGUAAUGCUGAUAGCAAGAAAAAGGGAGAAUUUUAUAAUUGGGACGACAAAGUAUUUGUACUUGGAAUAUUUAAACAGAGUAGAAAAUGCUACAGAUACCUAUCAAAUAUUAAAUUAUCAUUACCAAAAUUCCCAAGAUGAAGGUCUCAAAAGCUAUACAAGAGUUUAGGCAUUCAAUAGGUGCUAUUAUGGAAAUUAUGAUAGAAUUACAUCGGAAUCAAAGGGCUGUGCAAUUAUUUAAAUUAAGUGUUUGAUAGUUUAAAUUUUGGGAUAGUCAAAAUUAAUGGAAUUGAUGUAAAAAAAAUGUGUUAAAUCAUUUGCAAUUAUGGUAUGAGGUUGUAAGAAGCAUGAAAUUUGUUAAUCAGAGAAAUGAAGUAAUUACCAGUCGUACGAAUUUUUUUAGCAACUUUAAAUGGUUUUAUUAACCUAUAUUCCACACUGUUGCAAAAAAUAAAUAUAAAAUAUUUGCCAAUCAAAUCGAUCCUCUUGAAAAUUCUUUUAGCCAAUUGAGGUAAAUGGAAGGUCCAAACAGCACGCCUUCAUGUGUUUCAUUUAUAAAUAGAUUUUCAACGUUAUUAAUUAAUAACGUAAUGCAGCAGGCACAAAUUUCAAGACAGAUUGUUGUGAAUAUGUAAUU